AUGGAAGGCAAUUCACUAAGGAAAUUCAAGAGAGUCUGUGUCUUCUGUGGAAGCAACUCUGGCAAUAGACAAGUCUUCAGUGAUGCUGCUUCUGAAUUGGGGAAUGAACUGGUCAAGCGGAAGAUGGAUUUGGUAUAUGGUGGAGGAAGUGUCGGGUUGAUGGGUUUGAUUUCCCAGAGAGUGCAUGCUGGAGGUUGCCAUGUUCUUGGGGUCAUUCCGAAAGCUCUUAUGCCUCUUGAGAUAUCAGGUGAAACUGUUGGAGAAGUUAGAAUUGUUUCAGACAUGCAUGAGCGUAAAGCUGAAAUGGCUAGAGAGUCCGAUGCUUUUAUAGCUCUUCCCGGUGGAUAUGGAACCAUGGAGGAGCUGUUGGAGAUGAUAACAUGGUCACAACUCGGAAUUCAUAAAAAACCGGUUGGUCUGCUAAAUGUUGAUGGGUACUAUAACUCCUUGCUUGCAUUAUUUGAUAAUGGUGUUGAAGAAGGUUUCAUCAAGCCAAGUGCUCGCCACAUCGUCCUCUCCGCUCCAACUGCCAAAGAUCUUUUAGUAAAGAUGGAGCAAUACACUCCUUCCCAUGACCAUGUUGCCCCUCACGAAAGCUGGCAGAUGGAGCAACUGGGUAAUUACCCAAAUGAACAGAAUCCGAAAUGAAUAAUAUUGUUUGGUGGUGCCAACUGCAACUCACAUGGGAUUCUCUGAGGAUCACCCUACCUGGAGGGACCAAAGUUCCUAGGCCAGCUUCUCCCACCUGCCUGGUCUAAGUUCAAUAAUUCUAUGUACACAAAAUCAAUCACAGAAUCAACCACAAAAAAUAUAACUGGAGUAAUGUGAGUGGAACUGUUUCGGUCUCUUUAGCAUUGGGCUCUACUGUAUGAUAUGUAUUACUAGAAUUAUGUGCUUUAGUAUCUGAUGUGCACAACUAAAAUUGUUUUAUGUGAUUGGUUCUAUGUUAUAGAAUUAUUGAUCUAAGUUAAGUAUGCAACACCUCUUUGUACCUUGA